AUUCUGACCCAGGGAAGAGCGGACUCAGCUCCAGACUCUCGGGUGCCCCCCAGAAUCAGAAAGCAAGGGCAGAAAAAUGAAAUAUUGGGCUUCACAGGCCGAGAAGGGGCGGGCAGUGUCGCCAGGAAGCGCUUGUGCAACCCUGCCCCACCCCCUGCUGCCCUGCUGGGCUGGGACCUGCGAGGAACAGGGAAGGUGGCACAGCGCUUCCUCCCGGCUGGAGCCCGCCCCCGGGCCGAGCAGGUAUAAGACCACCUGCCCCCCGCCCCAGGCACCUCAGAGGAGGAAGGGAAGAGCCACCAUGUCGCCUCGGAGCAGAGAGCGACAGCAGAGACCAGCGGGCCUCAACCCUCGUCCUUUGAGAGCCCUCUUCCUGCUAGUGCUGUCCGCGGCCUCGGCCCAGGGGGGCUUCCCAAGCUCCAGAGAGUGCCUGACGUACCAGUCUGUCAACAGCAGCUCCGUGGCCUGCUACUCGCCCUCCACAUUCCCCAGCCCCCUCCCCAGCGACACCACGCACCUGACGGUGGAGUUCUCCAACCUGACCAAGCUGCCGGCCGACGCCCUGCAGGGCGCCCCCCACCUCUGCGAGCUGCAUCUCUCCAGCAACCAACUGGAAGAGCUGCCAGCCAAGCUCCUGGUGCCCGCGCCUGGCCUACAGGUGCUGGAUCUCACCCGCAACGCCCUCACCCAGCUGCCCCCGGGCCUCUUCUGGGGUGCCGCCGCCCUGCACACGCUGGUGCUGAAGGAAAACAGGCUGGAGGUCGUGCAGGCCUCAUGGCUGCAAGGCCUGAAGGCCCUGGGCUUCCUGGACCUGUCCUGGAACCGCCUCUGGACGCUGAGCCCCGGGCUGCUGGCCAACCUCACUGGCCUGCGCACCCUUGACCUCGGGGACAACCAGCUGGAGGCCCUGCCGCCUGGCCUCCUGCGGGGCCCGCUGCACCUGGAACGGCUGCACCUACAGGGGAACCGACCACGGGCGUUCCGAGAGGACCUGCUCUCGCCCCAGCCCAGCCUGCGCUACCUUUUUCUCAACAACAGGCUGACCACGGUGGCAGCCGGCGCCUUCCAAGGCCUGACGCAGCUGGACAUGCUGGACCUCUCCGAUAACCUGCUGAGCACCGUGCCCAGAGGGCUCUGGGCAUCCCUGGGAAAGCCUGCCCGGGACAUGCGGGACGGCUUUGACCUCUCUGGCAGCCCUUGGGUCUGCGACCAGAACCUGGACAACCUCUAUCACUGGCUGAGAGCCAACAGGCGUGCGAUGUUCUCCCAGAACACUAUCCGCUGCGCGGCCCCCGAGGCCCUGAAGGGCCAGGCGCUCCUGGAGGUGGCAGCGUCCUGGUGAGGCGCUGGGCUGGCCGGGCCGGGAGAACACAGCAGCCGCUCUGCAUGGGCGAGAUGCCAGGAUCCCAGAGCUGCCAGGACCCGUUCCGGCCACACUCCCCCAACCCACGCUGUGCUCCCCGCCUUUCUUGCCUUUGCUCACGCUGCACCUUCGACCAGGAAUGCUGUCCCCCAUUUCCAGGAUCGCUUGAUUUCUGGGCUCCCCCAGGCCCCCUGUCCCGCUCUCUGGCCAAGCCCCAGCCACACCAGAGUCAUCUCCGUCAGGCUCAUCUUCCCCAGUCUGGCGGGCUCUUGGGGGCCCCCACCCCCGGAGCCAGAAUCCCCCAGCGUGUUACUAAAUAACUGUUGAAUAGAAUGGGAUGAAUCACACUCGGUGUUUCCUGCAUCUCCCCGAUAGACAUCCUGGUUUCCCCAGGACGGAAAGGGAAAAGCAUGAGGCAGGCCUGGGGCUGGGGCGCCGGGCGGGGUCACUCGUGGACUCGAACUCGGUUGGCCUCUGGCUUCUCUCCCUCCCCCACCCUGAGAUUCAGUUGGAAAUAAAAACCCUCACCAUUUGCCGGGGUGUCACUUUA